AUGUUCCUUUUUACAGAUGAAUUUAAACCAGGGCGAACACCGAAGUUUAUACUCAAGAAACAAAAGACACUGUUGAAAAAUAAUGAAACAAUCUAUCACGACAAGGUACCGAUUUCUACUCGAUUUUACCUCCAACUCCUUAAAAAGAGUCAAUUUCUUCAAACAUUCAUCGAUACGGAAAUGUACGAUUACGCGUCGGAAAGCGAAAAAGCAAUCAAUUCCCCGGAAAUAAAGAAAAACACAUUUCAGCAUAAAAAAGAUUCUGAUAAAUCCACCUAUAACUUACGUUCCAGCGAGGCUAAAACGGAACGCAAAGUAUUUACGGAGAGAACACGCGCGCAAAGAAAAAUAAAAAGAUCACCCGCCUAUAAUGGAACGCAAAUUUGUAAUAAUGCGCCGCCCGAGCCGAAAAUCUCUGAAGAAGGCAGCAGGAGAAAACUGAAAAAUGAACCUUUGGCGCCAAUCAUUGAAGAAAUUAAGAACAGGGAAUUUUUGAAAAGCUCGAACCGAGGUGGCACGGAGAUUGAUAAAAUUGCAGAGAAGCUGAAAAAUUUAGUGAAAACAAACGCUGAAGAAAACCUGAACAAGGAACUUUUGUAUUGCAAGGAGUCGUUUGAUGAGAAGAGUUUGGAAACAGCUUGUGAUUUUAAAGAAAAUGUUGAAGUGGAAAUAAAUGAUAAGCAUAAAGGCUUCGAUCGACCCUGGGUGUUGAAAGGUCACCUGCGCUUGCACACGGGCGAGAGACCCUUCCCAUGCCCAUAUCCAAGCUGCGGCAGGACAUUUUCCGACAGGUCUAACCUCCGCGCCCAUCAGCGUACUCGCGGUCACCACUCUUGGCAGUGGCGGUGUUCGGAGUGCGGCAAAGCUUUCAGCCAGCGCCGCUACUUGGAACGUCACCGCAAAGACGCCUGCCGCAAGUAUAAAAUGCACUCCCGGAACGCGUCCAAAUGGAAUAAUGCCCACACUCUUAAAACGGAUCUUAGCGAUGUGGGCAGUGUUGCCAUACCCGUGCCGCUGUAUGGCAUGAUAUGCCACAACCGAAGCAAUCAGCCCAAAUGCAGCCCCGACGAGUUUGUGAAAGUAAUUGGAGACAGGGGACAUUACCCUGUGCAUUGUGAUGAACCUAUAGACUUAUCUGUUGGGAAAAGGAAGGAUAACACAAUAGAACAGAUAGUUCUUCAUUGA